AGAUCUCCACGGCUUGACCAAAAUCCCCUCCUCUGCCUGGUACGCUGUUGCAGGCUUCCAGCAAGCAAACAGCACAUCCUUCGCAUUAAUCCCCCUCGUAGCCACUCGAAAUCCUCGACUCCGUUGCGCGGCGCAGAUCUCAAGCCGCUCGAGGGCGCCAGGAUGGGGCUGAUCUCGGGGAUGGUGAUGGGGAUGGUGGUGGGCGUCGCCCUCAUGGCCGGGUGGAGCCACAUGAUGCAGCGGCGCAGCAGGAAGCGCAUCGCUAAGGCUGCGGAUAUCAAGGUCCUUGGUUCUCUCGGCAGGGACGACCUCAAGAAGCUGUGCGGCGACAACUUCCCCGAGUGGAUAUCCUUCCCUCAGUAUGAGCAGGUGAAGUGGCUGAACAAGCAUCUCAGCAAACUUUGGCCUUUCGUUGACCAAGCUGCUACUGCAGUAGUCAAGGAAUCUGUUGAGCCAUUGCUAGAUGAUUAUCGACCUCCAGGAAUAAAAUCUUUGAAGUUCAGCAAAUUCUCUCUUGGGACUGUUUCACCAAAGAUUGAAGGUAUUCGUAUUCAAAAUAUUCAGCCAGGCCAAAUCAUAAUGGACAUAGAUUUUCGUUGGGGUGGUGAUCCAAGCAUAAUACUUGCUGUUGAUGCUCUUGUUGCAUCACUUCCUAUCCAGCUCAAAGAUCUUCAAGUCUUUACAAUUAUCCGUGUUGUAUUUCAACUAUCAGAGGAGAUCCCUUGCAUCUCUGCUGUCGUUGUUGCUCUCCUUGCAGAGCCAGAGCCAAAAAUACAGUACACUUUGAAGGCUAUUGGAGGAAGUCUGACUGCUGUUCCAGGACUCUCUGACAUGAUUGAUGAUACUGUCAGUUCAAUUGUUUCUGACAUGCUCAAGUGGCCACACAGGCUUGUUGUUCCACUUGGUGUCAAUGCUGAUACAAGUGAACUGGAGCUUAAACCUCAGGGAAGACUUACUGUUACUGUACUAAAAGCAACUUCUUUGAAGAAUAAGGAGCUGAUUGGUAAAUCGGAUCCAUAUGUGAUUCUAUAUGUGCGUCCAAUGUUUAAGGUUAAAACAAAAGUCAUAGAUGACAACCUAAAUCCUGAAUGGAAUGAAACAUUCCCUCUGAUUGUUGAAGACAAAGAAACCCAAUCUGUUAUUUUUGAGGUAUAUGACGAAGACAAACUUCAGCAAGACAAAAGGCUGGGUGUAGCAAAACUAGCAGUGAACAGUAUUCAACCUGAGGUUCCCAGUGAAAUCACUUUGAAGCUUCUGCAAUCAUUGGAUUCACUUAAAAUUAAAGACAACAAGGAUAGAGGAACAUUACAUCUUAAGGUUGUAUAUCAUCCAUUUACAAAGGAAGAACAGCUGGAAGCCCUAGAGUCUGAAAAGAGAGCUAUAGAGGAGAGGAAGCGUCUCAAGGAGGCUGGGGUUAUUGGUAGUACAAUGGAUGCGCUUGGUGGUGCCGCAUCACUAGUUGGUUCUGGUGUUGGACUUGUGGGCACUGGCAUUGUUGGUGGAGUUGGGCUUGUGGGUUCAGGUAUUGGUGCUGGUGUUGGACUUGUGGGCACUGGCAUUGUUGGUGGCGUUGGGCUUGUUAAUUCUGGUAUCGGCGCCGUUGGCAGUGGGCUCGGUAAAGCUGGGAAAUUCAUGGGUAAGACUGUGGCUGGGCCUUUCAGUAUGUCCCGCAAGAACGGUAGCAGCUCAACUGCUCCCCAGCCUGAACAACCUUCUGCGUGAUGUAUAGUGAUAGCAAUGACAUCGUAUGUUCAGUUUCAUGUUAAUUCUGUUUGACAUGAACCUGUAUGCCUAUAACUAUAUAGUGUGCCAUGUUAUGCAUUGUAGUGUGCUUGCAUCUUGUAUCUGCGGUGCAGCUAUAUAUGAUCAUUUGUUGUUCACUUUUCUUAUUUCUGUUUUUACCUGGAGAUAAAAGCGAGAAGACUAAACUGUAAAGUGACAAACUGGACAUAUCUAUACAUCAAUGCUGUAUUGAAAUUUGUGGGUAUCUUCCUGUUUUUGUAAAA